AUGCCAGCCUUCCAGACCAGCCGCGGAGUUUGGGGUGGAGAGACAGUGUCAUUCUAGAACAUCUUCACUCCUCUGCCCGGGAGAGCAGCGGUAGCACCCAUGCCUUCCUAAAGGGCAUCUCCAGGCACGUCUUGCUGCGGGCUGAAUCCAGCAGCCCGGGGACUAGGACUAAACUCGUAUCUCGCUGGGGUUUGUGUGCAGAGCAACCCGAAGGCAUGGACUGGCUCCUCUUCAGGAACAUUCACCUCUUGAUCAUUUUCCUGGUGGUGUUGGAAGUAAACAGUGAAUUUAUUGUUGAGGUGAAAGAACUGGACGUGGAAAAGGGCACAACCAAGUGGCAAACUGUCAGGAGACAGAAGCGCGAAUGGAUCAAGUUCGCGGCGGCGUGUCGAGAAGGAGAGGACAACUCCAAGCGGAACCCCAUCGCCAGGAUCCGAUCAGACUGCGAAGUGAGCCAGAAGAUUACGUACCGCAUCUCUGGGGUAGGCAUUGAUCGGCCACCAUACGGAGUGUUCGCCAUUAAUCCUCAGACGGGGGAAAUUAACAUCACCUCCGUGGUGGACAGAGAGAUAACUCCACUUUUCCUGAUCUAUUGCCGGGCUCUGAAUGCACGGGGUGAAGACUUAGAAAGGCCUCUUGAGCUUAGAGUCAAAGUGAUGGACAUAAAUGACAACCCUCCAGUCUUUACACAAAAUGUGUACACAGGCAGCAUUGAAGAAAACAGCGAUGCAAACACACUGGUAGUAAAGUUAAGUGCCACCGAUGCAGAUGAAGACAAUCACCUGAACUCUAAAAUCGCCUACAAGAUCAUCUCUCAGGAGCCAGCAGGUGCACCAAUGUUCAUCCUGAACAGGUACACCGGCGAGGUCCGCACCAUGUCCAGCUUCCUCGACAGAGAGGAGCACAGCAUGUACAACCUCCUCGUGCGGGGCUCGGACCGAGACGGAGCUGCAGAUGGACUCUCCUCUGAGUGCGCCUGUAGGAUCCAGGUCUUAGAUGUCAACGAUAAUUUCCCCACCUUAGAGAGAACUUCCUACUCAGCAAGCAUUGAGGAGAACUGUUUGAAUUCGGAACUGAUAAGGUUAAAAGCCAUUGAUCUUGAUGAGGAAGGCACGGAUAAUUGGCUGGCAAAAUAUGUAAUUCUCUCCGGGAAUGAUGGGAAUUGGUUUGAGAUUCAAACAGACCCACGAACCAAUGAAGGCAUUUUGAGAGUCGUCAAGAUGCUGGAUUAUGAACAAAUGCCUAAUAUUCAUCUUAGCAUUGGAGUCAAAAACCAAGCUGAAUUUCACCACUCAGUUGCCUCUCGAUUCCGAAUGCAUUCAACCCCUGUGAGAAUUCAGGUCAUUAACGUGCGAGAAGGACCCACAUUUGAUCCAAACUCCAUGACUUUCAGUGUGCAAGAAGGAGUAAGAGGAGAUUCCUUACUGAAUUAUGUUCUUGGCACAUACACGGCUAUAGAUUUGGACACAGGGAAUCCUGCCACGAACGUCAGGUAUAUCAUAGGACAUGAUGCUGGCAGCUGGUUAAAAGUUGACUCGAGGACUGGCGAGAUACAAUUUUCUAGGGAAUUUGAUAAGAAGUCAAAAUAUAUUACCAAUGGGAUAUACACAGCAGAGAUCCUGGCUAUAGAUGAUGGCUCUGGGAAAACGGCUACGGGAACCAUCUGCAUUGAAGUUCCUGAUGUCAAUGACUACUGUCCAGUCAUUGUUGCUGAAAGUAAUGCCAUCUGCACCGCCUCUCCAUCCAUCCUUAUAUCCGCGAGAGACAUUAACCAUCAUUCUUACGGGUCUCCCUUUACCUUCUGUGUUGUUGAUCAGCCACCAGGGACAGCUAACUUAUGGGAUAUCAAACCAGUAAAUGCUACCUCUGCCCUCCUGAUGGCUGGGCAGCCGCUGUCAGUGGGAGCUUACCAAAUCCCAAUCCUGGUGAAGGACAGCUUCAACCGGGCGUGUGAACUGCCGCAGACGGUGAAGAUAGAGGCCUGCGACUGUGACAUCAGCCAAACGUGCUUGCACUCCAGCACUCCGGGCAUCUACACCGGGGAUAGCAGCUCAGUUACCAGUGACAUAUAUGGGCCUGUCCCUGGCGACCGCAUUGAGGGUUCAAAUGUUGGCCUGGGACCAGCAGGGAUUGGCAUGAUUGCUCUGGGCCUCCUACUACUGCUCUUAUCGCCGCUCCUGCUGCUCAUAUGCUGCUGCAAGCGAAGGCAGCCAGAGGGCCUGGGGACCAGGUUUGCCCCGGUGCCCGAGGGCGGAGAAGGAGUGAUCCAGUCCUGGAGAAUAGAAGGGGCCCAUCCUGAGGACAGGGAUGUGUCAAAUAUAUGUGUACCAAUAACCGCUUCUAACACGCAGGAUCGUAUGGAUUCCUCCGACAUCUACACGAACACGUACGCGGCCGGCGGGACGGUGGAAGGGGGCGUGUCGGGCAUGGAGCUGAACACCGGGCUGGGCACCACCGGCCUGGCCGCUGGGGCCGGGGGCACCCUGAGGAGGAGGGGCUCCAUGCUGGGCCCCCAGAGGGAGCAGGCAGACGUGGGCCUGAACCUGGCUUUCCUGGACAGCUACUUCUCCGAGAAAGCGUAUGUCUAUGCAGAUGAAGAUGAAGGUCGGCCAGCAAACGACUGCUUGCUCAUUUAUGACCACGAGGGAGUCGGGUCGCCUGUGGGCUCGAUCGGCUGCUGCAGUUGGAUUGUGGAUGAUCUGGAUGAAGACUACAUGGAAACUUUAGAUCCCAAGUUUAGAACUCUUGCUGAAAUCUGCUUAGACACGGAAAUUGAACCAUUUCCCUCACACCAAGCCUGUAUACCUAUCAGUACGGAUCUCCCUUUGCUCGGGCCUAAUUACUUUGUGAAUGAAUCUUCAGGAAUGACUCUCUCAGAGGCUGAAUUCCAAGCAGAAAUGGCAAUGCCUGAACCCAUGAUCCACGGGGAUAUUGUAGUGACUGAGACCUACACGACUACCGAUCAGUGUAUGCAGCCCACCACAAUCGUUUUCGAUCCUCAGCUUGCACCCAAUGUUGUAGUAACGGAAACGGUAAUGACACCUGUCUAUGAUGUUCAAGGGAAUCUUUGCGUACCAGCUGAGUUAGCCAACGCACAAAAUGUCAUCUACACAGAGAGAGUAGUGUCUAGUCCUGGCGUGCCUGACAUGAGGAGUGGUAGCAUGACUGAUGGUUGCAUGGGACCUGUGAUGAGUGGCAGUAUUUUAGUAGGGCCAGAAAUUCAAGUGACACAAAUGGUGAGUCCUCCGGAUAUUCACAUAAGCCGAACCAUUGGUUCCACAUCCCCAAUGACAUCUCGACAUAGAGUAACACGGUAUAGUAACAUACAUUACUCCCAACAGUAAGCGCUUUAUGGUCAGUAUUCCUUGCCCUGUGGAAUCACCAACAUAUCCAUCAAAGAUGUAUAAUGUACUCUAUUUAACAUUUAACUAGUCAACAAAUACUCAAAUUUUUAAAAUGUAAUGGCAUUCUUUGAUUACAUCUUUUUGGGGGAUAAAUAUGGCUGAGAACUUUAGAUAAGCCUUUUUAAAUUAUUUCUGACUUUCAAUAAUAUGCCAAAAACACUUGAAGAAAUGUGUUAUGUCCUUUGAUACUGUCUAAUAAAGAGCACAUAACUCAUUAGGCGAACCUUAGAGGUCUUUGGGCCUGUGCAUCUGGUCGUGUAAACCCAGAUGCCCUUGUCCUUGUAGGUUGCAAAAGGAGUCUUGUCUGCAUUCACCAGACAUUUGUGUCUUUAGAGAAUUAUCUCUAUUAAAUAUUUUAAUUGAAAAAGUGAAUAAAGUAUACAUUUCUGAAAGGAAACUGAAAAGGAAGAUGGGGCAUUUAGCAAUAGAAAAAUAAAAUCAUUUGUCUCUUCAAAUGGUUUCUCAAGAUAUGAAAUAUUUAGGGCAUGCUUAAUAUAAUACAGGGAAAGAGUUUGCCAGCUAAAUGCAUCACUGAAAGUGGGCUAGCAAUAUAUAUGCACCUAUAUAUCUAUACAUAUAUACAUAAAUCAAUAUGGAUUAAUUUUUGUUGCACUUUAUUGAUUUGUAUCAUUAAUUGUAAAUAGCAAUUAGAAUAGCAAAACAAAAUAUGAAAACACCACAGUAUAAACGGUUCUUAGGGAAGCAGUAGAGUAGGAGAGUUUUUCCCCAUUACAGAGAAUUUUUUCCCUGCUCUCACUACUUAUGUCAGAAGAACAUACGGAUUAUGGUUUAAUAAGUGUCAUUGACCUGAGCCAUAGAGUUUUUAUUUGGUAACUAGAUCAUCUCCAGAAGCACCUCUGUAAGUGCGUGUAUUCAGCAACUGAAAAGCUGCUCUAUGCUGAGUGCUGACCUUGGCUCUGUGCAUACAUAGGGAGGAGGACAGGCAUGAUUGCUGUCUUCGUAGUACUUCUAAUUCAUAUCAAGACUUAGAACAAAACUCUGAAGAUACAUGUCUGAGUUCCCACCAAAAAUAAUUAGUAUUUAGACCAUUACCAAGCUGUUUUUCCUUUAAACACUGCUCCUUCUACUGGGGGAGUGCAGUGGAAACACAUGUACAGGUUGCUUAUUGUUAGUGCGCUCAAAGCUGCUUGAGAAAAAGAACUCGAGUGAGAUUGUUUUAUUUAGUUCUAUAAAAUAUGUAAACUAUAUAGUAGUAGCUAUACUAUGACUCGUAAGAUCGUGUAAAUGAAAUAAACUUAUUUUCAGGGACUUUUCCUUUGGAAGAAAAUAAUUUUGGUGCUUCUUCCUUUAUAAAUAAAACUACUGUAAAAUCGGGGGCCUCUCACAUAUACUCUUGCCCAAUUCUCUCAUUUUACAGAAAAGGAAUCUAGAAUGGAGACAUUAAGUGAUCACAACCAGCAGCUGUGGUACCAAACUUGAACCCCUCGCUCGGGUGCCCUGGCCAGUGUGCUAUGUAAGACUAGAACUGCAUCUGACAUGGAGAGGACCUCAUUUGGCCUAUUGCAUGGUCUUUGCUAUUGUCUAGUUGGAGGAAAAAGUCUCCCUCGAGAAAAUAAAAAAGGUUUUGUGGUUAAAGUGCAGAAUGGCUAAAACAGUGCAAUGCCAGGUAAUUUACAUGUUUUCUAAUCAGUUCCAAAUUGCAUGUAUUGCCAGUCAUCACAGCCACUCCUUACUUUAGGCUUCAUGCCGAGACUCCGCCACAUUCUGUUACUCCAUGGUUAGGUGAAAUCCACAGACGGCCAGAGAGCACGGCGCCACGGCCAUCCUAACACUCAGUAGCACCUGUACGCGUUCAGGCCCAUGCCAUAUGCUGACCUAUUUUUUUGAAAUUUUUAUUCUAUUAGGCCAGUCAUUCUAAACAUUGUGAAACAAUUAGUAAAUAAUUAAAUGGAAGGUGACAAUGGAAUUAAAACUAAAAAUAGUAUUAGAUGUGAAAAAUUAUGAAUAAAAUAGUACUGACAGAUUAAAAUUUUCAAAUUAGGUAAAACCACUUGUGAGAAGGGCGAGAAAGUUCUUCUGUGGGCUUUUUCUCCUCCGUCUAUCAAUACGCAAAGAUGUAAGGUGCUCGCAGAGGCAAUCUACCUCUGACGGUGGCUGCUCCCUCCGCGCGAUCCCUGGAAGCAAG